GUGAUUUGUGAAUCCUGGCAGGACCAUGACGGGCAGAAAGGAUUUUGAAGAAGUUUUAAAUGUUUCCAUUGUGUUCAUUGUUUUCAGCAGCAAGCAUGAUGCAUGUUUCUCAGCACAGGACAAGCUCAUGUAUCUUUUUAUGGUUUUUUGGAAAUUGGCUGGCAUCCCCAUCUGUUCCCAAGCCCCAUCUUACAAGAAGCAUCAGAUGGUGAAGGAGGAGGAGACGUAGAAAUGACGCAGCAGGAGACAGCUCCAGUUCCUGUCCAGUCAAAGAAAACCAAGCAGCCUAAGGAAUGUUUCUUGAUACAGCCAAAGGAAACAAAAGAAGAUGCCACUAAGACCAGGAAGAGGAGAAAGAAGAAAAUUACUGACAUUCUUGCAAAGUCAGAGCCAAAACCAGGGACACCUGAAGACCUGCAGCAACUGAUGAAAGACUAUUACAGCAGCAGUCGCUCGGUGAUUGAGUUAGAAGAACUGAAGCUACCAGAUUCCUGUUUUCUCAAGGCCAAUGAUUUGACUCAUAGUCUUUCAUCAUACCUAAAAGAAAUCUGCCCUAAGUGGGUAAAGCUUCGGAAGAACCAUACUGAGAAGAAGUCGGUCCUGAUGCUGGUCAUCUGCAGCUCUGCCGUCCGAGCCCUGGAGCUCAUUAGGUCGAUGACGGUAUUCAGAGGAGACAGCAAAGUUAUAAAAUUAUUUGCAAAACACAUAAAGGUCCAGGAGCAGGUUAAGUUGCUGGAGAAGCGUGCCGUGCACCUGGGUGUAGGAACUCCAGGGAGGAUUAAAGAACUCGUUAAACAAGGCGGCCUUAACUUGAACCCCCUGAAGUUCCUGGUUUUCGACUGGAAUUGGAGGGACCAGAAGCUGAGGAGGAUGAUGGACAUUCCCGAGAUAAAAAAGGAAGUUUUUGAACUUCUGGAAAUGGGAGUCCUCAGUCUGUGCAAGUCAGAAUCCUUGAAGCUGGGCCUUUUCUAAGCCUUUGUCCCAUGAAGCUUCCAGUGUUCGUAGCGGGAUUUGCCUCUCGCUCAGUGGCUCGGGCACACUGCAGACGCUCAGUGAAUACCAGCUGUUGUUUUACUGCAUUGGCUGCAUCACCAGGUGGACCCCUGGGAACGUGUGACCAAAAUGAAUCUGUCCGUUGCCAACUCCCUGUAUAAUAAAGUAUCACCAGCUUGUUUUUCUCUCACCGACUGGCCUCUGAUGUGACUGUACAAGACUAAAGGAGAGAGCAGCUGGGCAAUCUUAGGCAAACGCUUCCCUCGCUGAGCCUCAGUUUCAUCAGCUGUGAAACAGGAAUGACGUUUCUCAGGAUGGUUGAGGAUUCCAUGGGAUGGUUCAUGUGGAACAGAUUUGUGAGCUAAAGCCUGGUCCCAGCGUGAAGGGGACAGUAGUAGAAGAAGUAGUAGAGCUAAAAGUGUAUGUGGCCUUAGUAAACAUAAAAGUCAGCAAUAUAACUACAACUGUCUUAUUUUUUAACUUGUUAUUUUGAAAUAAUUUCAGACUUAACAGAAAGGUUGCAAAAAUAGUAUAGAGAUGUCCCAUAUGUCCUUCCUCCAGUUCCUCCUGGUGUUAACAUCAUGGAUAACCAUGGUAGUCAUCAGAACUAAGAAAUCAGUCUUGCUACAGUGCAAUUAACUAAACUACAGACUUCAUUCGAUUUCACUGUUUUUUCCACUGGUUUCCAUCCCAGGAUCCAGUCAAGGAUCCCACCUUGCAUGUAGUUGUCCUGUCUCCUUACUUUGCUCAGAUUGGUGACUGUCCCUCAAUCUCCCCUUUGUGUCAUGACCUUGACACUUUUGAAGAGUACUGAUCAGGUAUUUUAUAGAAUGUUCUUCAGUUUGAGUUUGUCAGUUGUUUUCUGCAUUUUUGGCCAGAAUACCACAGAAGUAAUGCGUCCUUUUGAUGCAUCAUAGCAGGGAUGUGUAAUGUUAAUUCAUCUUAUUACUAGCGAUGUGAACCUUAUUCACCUGGUUAGAGUAAUGUUGCUGAAUUUCUCUCCUGUAAAGUUACUGAUUUUCCCUUUGUAAUUAAUAUCUAUAUUGGGGGGAAAUGCUUUGAGGCUACACAAAUAUCCUGUUUUCCCUCAUACGUUGCCUAUUAAUUUUAGCAACAUUGGUAGUUCUUGCCUGAUACCAUUAUUACUGUAGUGUUUUGCUGUUUCCCUCACUGCUUCAACAUUUAUUAAUUGGAAUUCUUCUGUAAGAAAGAGCUGUCUCUUUUCUUCAUUUACUUGUUUAUUCAGUUGUUUACUUACAUCACUAUGGACUCAUGAAUGUUUAUUUUGUUCUGAGUUAUAACCAGUACUAUUGUUAUUUUGUUAAUCAAAUUCACAUACUUUUUUACUCAUUUAAAUAAUGUUUGUUGUUUACCCAUCUGUGUCAAGCAAUAUUUAGGGCUUUCACUUACAUAUAAUCUGUGAUGUUUGAUCGUUGUCAUAGUCCUGAAGGAAAAGUAUUAUUAUUUGUAUUUUAUAAAUGUUGAAACUGAAUCUCAGAAAGGACACACAGUUUUAAGUAGCAGAACCAGGAAUGCCCAGAUCUCCCAUAUUCACUUAUGGAUACCAUUGAUUGCCUUUUCAGGGAUCCAGGUAUAUAAAUCAAAUUUUAAAAAGAUGCCACUACUGGUAUAUAAAAUUCCACAUUUGAAUACUAUGAAAUUUUAAAGAGCCUGGCUGUCUAGCAAAUCAUACUCCAGCAAGCACAUUUCUGCACACCGGUGACUUGCUGCUAGUAUACCUCUGUUGUCUGGAAGCCAUACUCAGGAACUCAAAGGGAAAAAAAUUAACUUCCACUCUGCAGGACCUGACUCAGGCCCAACCAGUUAGAGGAAAAAGAAAAAGAAGCUACCACAAAAUGAAAAUGUACUCAACUGUGGCCAAACUUAGCCCUGUUGUUUCCAUCUCUUCAAUCCUAACAUGUGAGACGUCCUUGACCAAUAGUAAGAAAAAAUAGAGCAACAUGCUUUCCUAAGACAGGCAUUUAACUUCCUAUCAAUUAAUGUGUCUUAGAUUUAUCUGGAAGAAAACAUCAAGCAUGAUUGUAUAAAAGGACAGAUUUGGAAAUUGAGAUAUCUAGUCUGUGCAUUUCAGAAUUCAGACCAAUCCACUAAGCCACUCUUGAUUUACCAAAACCACACACAUAUAACCACUUGCUGAUUCUAUACUCAUAUUUAGUACAUUUGCAUCCCAGCAGUUAAUAGGAAAAGGCGGUAAAAUAUGAAGCAAUUCCAUAUAUAUUAGAUGACUGGUAAUGCCCGAGGAGGCUAUCUACACAGUGGUUAAAAGAGAAAUGAAAACAAGGACUUUAAAAAUCACUCUCUGAACUUUCUAAUGACUGCAACACAACAGCUGCCAACAGAUAGUCAUGUCCAUAUCAGUUUAGAGCGGUGGCUCUCAACCAGAAGAGAUUUUGCCCCCCAGGGGCCAUUUGUAAUGUCUAGGGACAUUUUUGGUUGUCACAACUAGGGGGCUACUACUGGCAUCUAGUAGGGGGCUGUGACACAUUUAGUGGGUGGACUCCAGGGAUACUACUAAACGUUCUACAGCCCUACAGGACAGCCCCUCACAACAAAGACAUCUGGCCCAAAGGUGGAUGUUGCUGAAGUUGAGGAACCGUUCUAGAAAUGUGAAAAGCAGAGCCUAUGGAGUAGAACUGUGUGCUUGAAAUAGGUUUACUUAAAAAGUGAGAAAUAUGUAAAUACAAAAAUACCUAUAAAA